AUGACUCCGGAAGCCCAGAUGCACAAGCAAUUGCUUUACUUGCCACAGUCUACCAUCUCACCGCACGACCUAUUCUACGCUGCGUCUGAAGACGAAGUCUUCAAAUGCUCGACGGCGAUCGGUCGCCGCUUUAUACGCCAGCGUCGAGCGGACGAGAUAGGCGAAUGCCUGAUCUAUACCGACGCGUCGUGCUAUCGCAACGGCAGAGAGGAUGCUGUCGGCGAAUGCAUUAUUGCGUGUGAGCCCACGCUUCUUUCUCCACGGCGACCCGAUGACAACACGUCCUUCAUGGAUGUAGCGCGACAGGAGAAGGCGACUUUACCGAGCCAGACGGUCUUCGGGCCCAAGCGCUUUGCUCGUCCCAAGAGCUCUCGUGCGAAGUUGUACGCGGCGAUCUUGGCAGUGGAAGCGCGCCCGUGGGAUCGGGAGGGAUGGAAGACCAUUGUCAUUGCCAUCGACAUGGAAUACGUGGUGAUUGGAAUCACUACGUUGGUGUGGAAGUGGAAGAAGAACGGAUGGCGCAAGUCCAAUGGGAAGCCCGUCGCGAAUAUCGACUUGUGGAAGCGUCUCAUCGCCAGCAUCGAAGACCUCCAAGCUAGUGGCGUUGCCGUGAAGUUCUGGAAGGUCUCCCGUGUCAAGGGAAACUAG